AUGAAUUAUGAUCUUUUGAGAUAUUGUUUUAUAGUUCAACGCCCACGUGACUGCAGUGACAUCCACCCAGGAAGUUUAUCAGGAGUAUAUACUAUUUACCCAACAGAUGAACAGUUUGAUGUUUACUGUGACAUGGAUACAUCUGGACCUGGAUGGACUAUUUUCCAAAGGAGAACGGAUGGAACUAUCGACUUUUUCCAGGAAUGGUAUGAGUUUAAGAUUGGAUUCGGAAAUUUGGAAUCAGAAUUUUGGUUGGGAAAUAAAUACAUACACCUUCUUACCUCUAUUGGAAGGAAGAAACUAUACAUUUAUCUUGAGGAUUUUGAAGGAAAUUCGAGAUAUGCAGAGUACAGUGACUUCAGUAUAGGAGAUGCUACAACGAAUUACACUUUGAAUGUUGACGGAUAUAGUGGAACUGCAGGAGAUAGUCUUAUGAUUCCUGGUGAUAGAAACCAAAACGGGAUGAUGUUUUCCACUAAAGAUAGAGAUAACGACAGAUACUCUGCUUACAACUGCGCUUUAAAGUAUAAAGGGGCGUGGUGGCACAAUGGGUGUCAUUGGGCAAAUUUGAAUGGAGCAUAUUUAGGUGGACCGCAUUUGUCAUUUGCCGAUGGUAUCAAUUGGUUUACAUGGAAAGGAUAUCGAUAUUCGCUGAAGUCUACUAAAAUGAUGUUUAAAGGAAACUAA